GCAGAGAAGCAGCGCUCAGGGAGGGGAGAGCGAGCUCCGGAGCGGGGAAGAAGCCGGGAGCUUCCCUGAUGGUGCCGCCGCCUCCUUCCAGCCGGGGAGGAGCAGCCAGGAGGCAGCUGCGCAGGAGCCUGGGUCCGCUGCUGUUGCUCCUGGCGCUGGGACACACGUGGACCUACAGAGUGGAGCCCGAGGACGCCGACAGAGAAAUCUGCUCAGAAAACAAAAUCGCGACUACCAAAUAUCCUUGCCUGAAGCCCUCCGGCGAGCUCACCACGUGCUUCAGGAAAAAGUGCUGCAAAGGGUAUAAGUUUGUUCUUGGACAAUGCAUUCCAGAAGAUUAUGAUGUUUGUGCCGAGGCUCCCUGUGAACAGCAGUGCACAGAUAACUUUGGCCGAGUGCUGUGUACUUGUUACCCAGGAUACCGAUAUGACCGGGAAAGACACCGGAAGCGGGAGAAGCCAUACUGCCUGGACAUUGAUGAGUGUGCCACCCACAACCAGACCCUGUGUGCGCACAUCUGCAUCAACACCGUGGGCAGCUUCCACUGUGUGUGCCGCGAGGGCUACAUCCUCACAGAGGACGGGAAGACAUGCACCAGGGGUGACAAAUACCCCAAUGACACUGGGCAUGAGGAGAAGGCUGAGAACAUGGGGAAAGCCGGCACUUGCUGUGCCACAUGCAAGGAAUUCCACCAGAUGAAGCAGACGGUGCUGCAGCUGAAGCAGAAGAUUGCCUUGCUCCCCAACAAUGCUGCUGAACUGGGCAAGUACAUCACUAGCAACAAGGUGCUGGCCUCAAAUGCCUACCUUCCAGGACCUCCUGGCCUACCUGGGGGCCAGGGUCCGCCUGGCUCGCCAGGACCAAAGGGGAGCCCGGGCUUCCCUGGUAUGCCAGGCCCUCCUGGGCAGCCCGGCCCUCGGGGCUCGAUGGGACCCAUGGGACCAUCUCCUGACCUAUCCCACAUUAAGCAAGGCCGGAGGGGCCCUGUGAUCCUUGUAUAUUGUAGGGUCCACCAGGUGCACCAGGAAGGGAUGGCUCUAAGGGGGAGAGAGGAGCACCUGGGCCCAGAGGGUCUCCUGGACCACCAGGUUCUUUCGACUUCCUGCUCCUUAUGCUGGCUGACAUCCGAAACGACAUUGCUGAGCUGCAGGAAAAGGUGUUCGGGCACCGGACUCACUCUUCAACAGAGGAGUUCCCUUUACCUCAGGAAUUUUCCAGCUACCCAGAGACCGUGGACUUCAGCUCUGGAGAUGACUACCCAGGAAGAACUGAGGCAAGAGACUUGGGAGCCGCUGGAGACUUUCACCCCUAGCACGUUCCACAUGUUCAGACCAGCAGAAAAGAGGAGCACCUUCGCCUGGAAUUAAAGCAUCUAAAGAAAAAAUUACUGGAGACCUAGACAGGAACAUUUUCAUUUCCUUAACUCUUUUUCUGCUUUCUCACUACUCUUCUUCUAAAUGCUGUUUUCAGAGUGCCCUACUAAAGACAGGAGGGAGAAAAUGAUGAAUGUAUGCAAUGUUCACAGGAAGUUAGUUGGGUAGUCUGCAUUGGGACUUUUCUUUGACAUCCUAAUUUUUCAGGAGCUUCUGGAUUUCUGAGCUAAGUACUCUUGCCACAUCUUAAAAUUGGGCGCUCUACCAGAAAAGGAAAAGAUUCUAAGGUAAGCUCUAAGAAAGCUUGAAGCUAACUUCUAUAAAAAAAAAAAGGUGUCAUGUUCAACACAAAAUGGUUGUGUUCCUCCUCUUGUAUGUAAAUUAGAGCUCUUUCAUUAGAAUGGAGUGAACAACCGUAAAGAUUACCUUGAUGGAUAAUUCUUUUUCCUUGUCAACCUCAUAGGUUUCAAAUAUUCCAUCCUGUUAUCCAACCUUGUUUCCCAAAUUUGGUUAUAGAAAGGAGAGAAGUAGUAGAGGUUAGGAAGACAGAGAAUUACAGCUGUAUAUUUAUUGCCAUAUAGGUUGUUACAUUUUAAGAUUCAAAUAUGAUUAAGCUCAGUGUUCCUGCCAUGCUUAUCUAUGGAGAAGAAAGUUCUUCAUGGAGAAGAAAGUUCUGUCUAUAGGAAUAAAUCCUCUUUUUCAGUGACAAUAAGGGAAUGAAAUUCCCCAGUUCAUGUUAGAACAGUGGACUCCUGGUUACCAGGUUAUUUUAAAGCUAUUUCAUCAAAGUAUGGUCCUGCUCUGUAAAUCACAAGUUAUUUGUUAAGUAAGAAGUAAGAUGGCUGACCCUUAGGAAGGAGUCCAGAAUUCCCUGCUCUGACCAGGUGCCAUUGGACCAUGAUCCAAGCUGAUCAAUGUACAGUGAAUUGGAAAGAGACUGCUGGCAUGGGCUGUUGGCAGAGGAGCAGGGGAACCCUGGGCAAGGACCCCCCUGAAACAGAGGGACCCCCUGGCAAGGACCCCCCUGGCAGAGGCAGGUAAAUUAGCUUUCAUUGGGCAUUACAAGUCUUUGUCUGGAGCCAGCAAGCUUGCCAACAUAAUGGGAAUAAUACACUGUCGAGAGUUCUCUUUUAUGGGGGAGGGGGAAUGUUUUUCUUUGCUUGGCAAAAAUUUUCUUUCCAAUACUCCAGUUUUUCCUUAAUUUAGUCCAAAUUCCAGGUCUUUCAGGCUUUCUCCUUGAUUUUUCUCUCAGUAAUGUGGGAAGUUCAGAAAAGGAGGUAUGUUUCCCAGCCUGUCAUGGAGUUUCUGUGUCUUCUCAGAGCACCUCUGGGUCCCAGAGCGAAGCGUGUUUCUUUCACGGCUUUCUUAGGAUUCACAGGCUCCAGGAACAGGCAGCCAGCCAGAGGAUCUGCUCCUUCUCUACAUUGUUGGGGGCCUCUUGGUUUCAGCGGCUUCUUUCAGGUUUUGAGGGGUCUACUUUCUCCCUGGACACACAGAAGAGCGUCUUAUCUUCCUGUUCAAGGGAUCUGAACCCUUACAUUGAGCUUCACACACAGUCAUUACCACACUGUUUGCCACAUCUGUGUGCCACAGGGUCUCUCUCUCUCUUCCUGAAACAUCCCUUUAUGUUUCUCAGAGGUUUGUUUUUGAGUUUUUUCCAUAUCCUUUGAACCUAAGUCAUUUGCUUACCCUAUUGUGACAGCUUGUUGGAAGAAAACCACCAUGGUUGAGUUUGUAUGCCCUUUUCAGUCUUCUUCCUGAAGAACAAGAGGACACAGUCAUCUGUAAAUCUCCAUAGCACCGGGCUUCCUUCCUUCCAUCCUGCCGUGUUAGAGAUUGACGUGGCUGAGUCUUUUAUGAACACUUGGCUCCGCUCUUUCAUAAUCAUGGCAGAUCCCCAGUGACUGACUGCCAGCAUUUGAAGUUGAAGGCAAACACACCAGAAGUGCUUGUUUUCUGUCAUCCCUUGUACCCUCAAUCGCUCCAGAAUCGAAUCUUCACCACAGAUGGCCUUGCCAGGUCGUGGAGAGAUGGGUGCAACAGCUGUUGAGUUCCAUCUGGGACGUUCAAGGUCUGCCUGCUUGUGCGGCACAGUAUGUAAAGAGUGUGGAUGAAUGCUCAAAAAGAAACCUGCACAGGCUCUAUGAGAGAUGAUUAGGUUCAUCUUUAAUUUUUUUGAAAUGAGCAAUUUAGUUACUUUUGCUUUUUCUUGACUGUGAACUGUGUUUAGAAAUAUAAUCUCUAUUGUCAAAUGUUGAUACAAUACAAGCAAACUGCAUGUUUGGCCAGAGGCUGAGAAAAUAUAUCAAAAGAAUGAGCUAAAAGUCAAAAUAUCUGUGAUUCAUGAAACUAAUUUAGAUAAUAAUCUCCAGCAAAACCCACAAUAACCUGUAUUUUAUGAUCUCAAUGUGCUGUACCAGAUCAAUUUCGAAAAUUAUUAAUCCUCAGCUUUUCAAAACUGAGACUACUGCAAGAACUAAGUACAUACUCUAUAUGUCCAAAUUAUAUAUUUCCAAGAUAAGAUUUAAGACACUGUUAGUUCUAAUAUAGCUUUUAAUUAUGUAUACAAAACCAAAGCUUCACUGUCUAAAUUGGACUUCUGCUCAAAGCAAAGUGGAAAUGCCUUUUUUUAGAGAGAGAGGAGUUAAAAUUUGCCACAGUUUUCUGAAAUCACUACAUAUUUCAUGGAGAAAAAAGAUCUUUGUACACUUCCUUGACCCUUUAGUAAAAAUGUUGACAUGAAAUUUUUGCAAGCAACGAUAAUAAAACUCUGCUGUUGAAAAUAGUAAGGAGGGAAUGUGUUUUAGUUUAGGAAAACCUUUCCUUUCGCAGUUCUAGACAGAGAAAUUAAAAGUUUUAUGUGCCAAAAUAGGAGUUUGGGGGUUGGGGAUACAAAGAGGAAGCUGCCUUUUUUCACCUUCUGUGUUAAUUCCCAACACCUGCCUCAGAAUUAGUUGACCAAAGAAAUUUCAGUGUAAACUAAGGUGACAAAUAUGUCCAUAGCCAAACACAUAAAUAAUAAAUGCCUUUUGGCAUUAAUGGGAAAUAAGGAGUGAAACCCCACCAGGUGCAGAGUAGUACCUGGUUGGGUGUGUUCCCUUUCUAAGGUUCACAACCGCCUUAGCCUUGCCUUGGGAUGGCCAUCACAAUCAUUCAUGAAAAGACUUUCUCCAUAACCAGGCACCAGGCUUCACCCUGGGUUUUCCAGCAGCAAUUCAUCAUAUUUUGUCCAUCACUCUCCUCACCCACGCAAGCUGCUCUGCAGAGACAGCCACAGCAGCCUCAUUCUGCAAGCUUAUCUCCCAGGGAACCUUCCUGAAAAGUUACUUGCAGGGAUCUGGGCCACACAAUUAGUAGAAUAAAGCCAUCUAAAGGUAUUAAUCAUGAAUUCAGGAAAAUUGAUGAAAUUUUUCCUGGCAUAGUCAGCACAUAUGUUUCAUAACAAAUCAAAAAUAGUUUUCCAUUUGGAAAACACAAUGACCAUCAUUGUUAAAGCAUGAAAUCAUGGGCUUUGCAUGGUUCUUUUACAAAUGUUGCCACUUUAGAGAAAUCAUAAAAAAAGGAACCUUUUAUAAUAUAUCCCUCAGAGAUCUCAGCAUUCUUUGCCAGAUUCCCAAAGCAAGGACCCUGAGGAUUUCCAUGUGUUGUGAGUUUGUUUUUACUUCUCAGUAACUAGUUUAUACUUCAAUAGCUCUGUUCAUUAUUUAAAACAGGUCAUAUAACACUCAAGCUAAUAUUCAAACAGUUAUGAAUGUGAUAUUAUGAAGUACUUUUGUAUGAUUGUAUAUUCUUAAUAACAAAGUUAUUUUUCUUAUGUGA